AUGCUUGUCGAUUCCGCAAGUGAAAGAAAGAUUGACCACAUCGAACGCCGACUCGAUUGCAUCAUCGAAAUUUUGGAUGACCUCAAAGUAAGUCGACCCGAUGCCGAACGACCUCGGCUACCAAGGAGUACACAAACACCAUCCACCGAGUCACAUUCCACGCCAGCGGUAUCUAGCAAUGCAGCCCAGGCCGACUCGAUCGCUGGGCCAGUCGUGGAAGGGGACUCUUCGUUGACUGCCCACUCUGCUUUUGCAAACGAAUUCCUGCAAAGCUUCCUGAGCACGGAUUCUGUAAAGGAUUGCAGUCUAGAGAUGCGCCAGACUCUGGAUGCACUUGCUCAAACUGUUGCUACACUCAAAAAGCAGACGGCCUCGAGCGGAAUAAUUGACACUCACUUAUCUCCCACUCCCCGCCUCCGACUCCAAGAUUUCGAGCUUCCUCCUAUCGAGAAGGCUGUUGCCCUAAUACGUCUUGCGAAAUCCCAGAGUCUCGCCGGCACCGGCUGGAUCUAUGAACAUAUUCAAUUCAAUCAAUUUACAGACAUAUGCCUUGGUGUCUACUUCUCUGAUGACUAUCCUGGGGCUGAUUUUAUAACUGUGAACGCCGGUCUGCACUCUCUUUUCUGGGACUACGCUUUUCAAUUGCCCGAGGAGUAUAGAGAGGAAUACUUCGGCUUUGCUCGUCUGUGCCGAGUAAAUCUAGAAACUGCGCUGGCUGAUCUGCCUCUGCAUCUACCUGCAACCUCGAGCACAGUUCUUGCACUUACUUUCGGUGCUUUCCACUUCGUCGAGCUCUCAAAGCCUUCUAUGUCCUGGACAUUUUCUUCAAAAGCGUCUGAGAUAUGCCAGACACUGGGCUAUCAUCGGGAUGUAUCCAUGAAGUUCGAUUCGCAAGAGACCAUACAAUACAAACUUUUCCUCUUUUGGGGCGUCUACUUUCUCGACAAGAGCUUAUCACUCCGCCUAGGACGAGCGUCAACUAUCCCCGACGGUGAUAUAACAAUACCUCGACCCUCAGCAAACAACUGCAAUCAGGCCCCUGUCAUGGCUUACUUUCCUUUAUGGAUCGAAUCUGCGCGAUGCCAGGGCAACAUAUACGCGAUGCUAUACAGCCCUUCCUCACUCGCUCAACCCGACAAAGUGCGGCAUGAUAGAGUACAAAUCCUUGUGGAUGACCUGCGGGCGUUGGAAAAGGCAACUCGAGAAACCCAUGACCAAUGGAUCCGAGUUGCUCGGCAGACCUCUGGAGAAGAGUUGAUAAACUUCUUCGCUGUCUCUGACGAUGUCCUCCGUCUAUCUCUUCUCACGCUAGUCUAUCGGGCCGCUCCACCCUCCAAAGAAUCAUCCACAAGCUUCAGCUCAAACUGCAUCAAAACCGCCCAGGCCACUUUGCAGAGACAUCAUGACUGCUUGGACGUGAUGCGCAAGAACCACGAUAUCUACUUUCCCAAGUACGUCCAUUGGACCCUCCUCUUCGCGCCCUUUUCUCCCUUCAUCGUCAUAUUCUGUCACGUAAUCGAAACCCAAGAUCAAAGUUGCCUAUCUCACCUCCAGAUCUUCGUCGAAUCCAUCAGGACCGCACCAACUGUCUCAGAUGCUGCCGCCAGAAUGUACCGGCUUUUCCUAGUCCUCUACAACGUGGCAUUGCGCUACGUAGAGUUCCGCACAACCCAGCAGCCAGGCCAGACAGCAGCGUGUGCCGAGAUGGAUGAAUACCUCGCUGCAUUGGGACUAUCAGCACCUAUUUCGGGUGACGUCCAUUAUCAGGCUUUGCAGUCUCUGGAUUCAGACUCUGGACGUGAUUUGAUCGGACAGGAGUAUAGGCAGAGGGAGGAGCCGAUGAUGCGAAUGGGUAAUGAGGCAGAGCUGGAUGGCUGGUUCUCUAGUAACCGGGCUAUAAUGGGGUUACUUCAGGAGUCGGACUUCACUCUUCUAGAUGAGAGUUGGAUAUGCUGA